CUUGACAUCAAUACGCGCUCCCCCAGGUUGUUUCGUUUUCUUCGCUACUGGCUCGACGUGUGGCUCCCUAAUGGCGUCGGCUAGCGAUCUUUUAUCAACCUUCAAGAAGGAUUUGGAGAAUCUCAAAGACAAUGAUAAAUACAAAAUAAAUGCUUUGACUAUCGUUGCGCGCGAUCAUAAAGAUACCAUUGGGGUUGCUCAGAGCAUUGUGGAUCUUACCCUUAAGCAUGUUCAAAUGAUACGAGAUGAGAAGGGGCGGUUGAAACUGUACAAUUUGAGGACAACAUGGAAAGAUAUAUUUCCAAAUUCUAGGAUGUAUGAAUUGGAUAUUCGAGUGCGUGAGCAUGAUCCAGCUUGGCCUCUUUUAGCCAGCGCUCCUGAAGCGAAAGCUGCGUUUAGAUCUUUACCAAAUGUCCCAAAAAUACAAACUAAAACGGAACCUGUGGUAGUUAGUGUAAAGCAGGAAGCGAGGGAAACUUCUUUGACAACGAAAACCGUCAUCUCAGCUUCACGUGAUCCGCGGCUUAAUCGGAAACGAAAGUCACCCCAAGAAUCUCAUUCAUCUGAAGAGUACCUUAUCGAUCGUUCAGGAGAUCAAAAUAUGGAGUCAGUUGCUCGAAAACAAGGUAAACAGGCGGAUGCUAGUGAGUUAUCUAAAAAGGUUAUGUUGUUCGGUGGUGAGGACUGUGAUAUGCGUUCACAAAACACAGUACCACCUUCUCCCGCUAGAUCAUCAGGUUGGUCAGAUUACAUUGGAAAGCAUAGUGAAGUCUGUUCUCGACGAGAAACGAAAGACAUAGAUAUGCGUUUUGCUCCGUCAGACCCUCCACUUACCUGUUCUCCAAGUUUCAGUAUUUCUGAGAAGAUAUCGAAAGGACCAUUAGAUGUGUUAGCUAUUAAUAAACCUGACGCCGUAACAUCAAUACCUCCUGUGUCCAGGUACGACACAGAAGAACGCCUUCCACCGAGUGAAGUACAGUCUGGAAAAAGUUUUGGUAAUUGUAAUCCAGACGUAAAAUUACGUCCUGAGAUUUUAAAAUCUGAAAAUAUUCCACCUCGAUACUCCAAAGUAGAUAAUUUCGUCCCAGUGAAGGAACAUCAUCCACCACCUCGCAUUGCAGAUUUCCCCAGAGAUAGACCACAGUUAAAUUCAUCCUUCCAGCCACCUGCAAUCCCACCUAUCCGUGGGCCACCGAUUCGUGGUCCUGUAUGGAGUGUUGAGAUCAAUGGAUUUCCAGACAUGGUUAAUAUUGGCGUCGAUCCACGAAUGCUUAGUCUUGUAACUCAUCCCAAGCCACCAAGACGGAUAACUAUUGAUGGUCAACAGUUCACACUGUUAUUAGAUAGAGUUCAACCAUUAAUAGCAAUUGGGGAUCGCAUACAUGCUGUACGAUUCCGGUGUGAGUUUGCUACUAUUGUUAUUGAUGGUCAUUGCUUCAACAUUCCUGGCACAGGUUUUACUCGUGUUUCCAUUGGACCUAGAUUCUAUGUGGCAUACCUAGGUGGUCCGGGUCAUGAACUUGUUAUCGAUGGUCGUCCACACACUGUCCCUACAACAUCCCACCUAACUUUUAUAAAUGUCGGUCUUCAUUCAGUCGGUGUAAAAUUUGUUGGAAACGUGCCAAGGAAUGUUAAUGUCUUACCACCUAUUCCUCCUCGUCUACUCAAGUGGGCAGGUCAAGGUUUGUUUGGUUCACCUAAAAAUCUGUUUAUGGCACCACUCAACCCUAUCAAGGAACUUGCACGCCUCGCCGAACAUGGAUAUAGUUCAAGAAACCAUGCUUCUUUUGUAAACAGACCUGUAGGCAAUGGAAAGCGACCGUCACCUAUGCAUCCUACAGAUGCUCCAAAUAGCAGUAACCAAAGUAAUGGACAAAAAUUACCAGAGUUUGCGAACCCUGAUAUCAGUAGUAAGAGCGAAAAACCUAUACCAAACAAAGAUGAGAGCUCAUCGAAUACAAGUACUCCGCUUAACAUAGAUGUGCAUGAGUUAUUCAAAAAGUUGGUUAAAGCUGGUAUAGUGCCCAGUACAGAACAUGAAAAGAAACCAGAACCUCCUGAGCUAGGGAGCUACAGCUGGGAGCGUUUUAAGAAUCCAUUCGCUGUUGAGAUUGACGAAUUAUAUAAUGGUCACCAAUGUGGUCAGUGUGGUCUGCGUUUCCAAAGUGACCUUUCACCGGAGUUUGCAAAGCACCUUGAUUACCAUUAUAUGAAGAAUUCAAGUUAUGGACAAGAACGACGCAGUCGUAACUUCUAUCAACCAUUACAGUAUUGGUUAAUUAGUGAAAUGACACGAGAGGGCGCCCCUCAAUUCGAGCCUGGUAGUCCGAUCCACGAUUUACAAGAGUACAAAUGCACAGCAUUCGCGGAUCCAUCGAAAAAUGUAUGUGCUGUGUGCUACGAAAGUUUUGAAGUAGUUUGGGAUCAUGAAGAAGAAGAAUGGAUGCUAAAAGAUGCUAUUCGAGUUGAUGACAAGGUAUAUCAUCCUAUUUGUCAAGAAGAUGCAGGAAAAGAAUUCUCAAUUAAGGAUGAAAAGAAAUUUCCUUCACCUGACCCUACUGAAAAUAAUAAAGAAUCAACUUCCUCACCUGAAGGUGUUAAGGAAGAGGCCGUGGAUGAAAAUGCAUUUACUUGUGAUGAUUUUUCAACGAAUACGGUUAUUCCUGGUCUUUCACCUUCUACCUCUCCACAACAAUGUGAAUCAGAGAUGUUAUCGUCGAAUACGGAACCUGAAUGUGAAUUUAAUAUGUCGUUGAAAACUGAAUCAAUUUUGUCCAACUCAACAAUUAGUGCAGAUCCUUUGGCUGCUUUAAAAGCUGUCUUAAAAGGUGAUAUAUCUUCACUUAGCGCUCAAUCUCAUUAACAUCUGAACUAAUUCACUUAUUAUUAUUAAUAUACCUUUGUACAUAUACUACUAUACAGAUUUCUAUUCAUAUAAAAUUGUGUAUGAAUUCAUUUUUUUGUAGAGCUUGUAAAUAUUUCAUACAAAUAAAUGGUACCAUUUUACGAUGUCAUAUGUUAUUAAAAAUGCUCAUUGGUUAAUUAAAUAUAAUACGGUUAUCAUAUAUGUAAA